AUGGCCUGUGGGGGACCCGCACUGGAACAGCCUGUUCCUGAAGGACUGUACCCCAUGGAGAGGACCCACAUUGGAGCAGUGCCGAGCUCUGGCGAAGGAGGCUCUGAGCCCAGGAAUACUCCCAAAGGUUCCUGUUUGGAGUCGGUGAAAAUUGCCAUCGAUGCUGGUUACCGCCAUAUCGACGGUGCCUUCGUCUACUACAAUGAGCAUGAAGUGGGACAAGCCAUCCGGGAGAAGAUUGCUGAAGGAAGGAUCAAGCGAGAAGACAUUUUUUACUGUGGCAAGCUGUGGAAUACCUGCCACCCCCCAGAGCUGGUGCGUCCCACACUGGAGAAAACCCUGAAGAUCCUGCAGCUGGACUACGUUGACCUCUACAUUAUUGAACUGCCAAUGGCUUUCAAGCCUGGAGAUGCAAUCUACCCAAAAGAUGAAAAUGGAAAAAUUAUCUACCAUGAGACAGACUUAUGUGCCACUUGGGAGGCUAUGGAAGCAUGUAAAGAUGCAGGCUUGGCAAAGUCUAUUGGAGUAUCCAAUUUCAACCGCAGGCAGCUGGAGAUGAUCCUGAACAAGCCAGGACUUAAAUACAAACCUGUCAGCAACCAGGUCGAAUGCCAUCCCUAUUUCACCCAACCCAAACUCUUAGAAUUUUGCAGACAACACGACAUUGUUAUUGUUGGGUACAGCCCAUUGGGAACCUCAAGGGAUGAAACAUGGGUAAAUGUCUCCUCCCCUCCUUUACUGAAGGAUCCUGUGCUGAAUGCCAUUGGCAAAAAGUACAACAAGACAGCUGCACAGGUUGCUUUGCGUUUCAGCAUCCAGCGAGGGGUGGUGGUCAUCCCAAAAAGCUUCAAUCCACAACGCAUCAGAGAGAAUUUCCAGAUCUUUGACUUCUCCCUCACUGAGAAAGAGAUGGAAGAAAUCAAAGGCCUGAACAAAAACGUUCGUUAUGUGGAACUGUUAAUGUGGCGUGACCAUCCAGAGUAUCCCUUCAGCGAUGAAUACUGAAAACAAGGUGUGUCCGGGCAGGUUCCUAACUCGGUGCCGUUAGGCUUCGCUGAAAGUGACCCAACGUUUGGUGCUUUGACUUCAUGGGAGAUUGUUCAAAUCGGCAUUAAAAACAUGA